UGUUUUGAAAUAUGAACUUUACAUUUUUUGGUUUGUGAAGACUGCAAAGACAAUUAAAGCCUCCAACAUGGAUCAGAAUCAGAUCUGACCAUGUUUUUUAUUCACUUGUUGGAAUAAGUAUCAUUUUCUGGGUGGAGCACAGUAAGAAGGAGACUUGAUAGGAUGCCCUUUCAGUAAAAAGUGCAAAUAAUCAGAUAAAAGUAGUUGUAAAAACAUUCCUUAUGAGGGAGGUAGAUGAUGUCUGGUCUUCCUCAGGUAAACUCCUGCUGCUCCAUGCUCUGCCCUCCUGACAUCACAGCCCUCCUCCUCCUCCUCCUCCUCCUCCUCCUCCAUCUCUUCUCCAAUUAGCCGUGCGAGAAGAAGGGAUGAGACGAGGCAGGGAGGAGGAGGGUGGGGGUUGGAGCCCGGCCUGGGCAGACGGCUGUGCUCUUUAAACGCCUUUUCUUAGGUCCGACAAUAUGGUGUGUGCCACUAAACUCUCCUGACGGAAUUUAAUGUAAUUAUCGGAUUACAGUGCUGCAGCUCCCAGGCUGGAAUAUUUACUACUAUACCGACGACGGAGGUGUUUUCAUGCUCGGAUGCGCAGUCCGGUCGUGGGGUGAUUUGACUGGGUCGUGAAGCGUUUUAAAAUCCUCCGUUUUGACAGCAGAGAUUAAUCUGUUUAGUUAUUGGCGAGGGAGGUUUUCCGUCGAGGAGGGGAGCGCGUUACGCACAGCCAGGACGCGCAAGUGGCGAUGACAACUACACAGUCGAGGCGGAUAUUGUGAUAUCUUUGCUGGGGUUUUGACGCUCUAAGGAAAAACAGAAAACCAUCUUGUCCAAAUCCCGGCUUCUCUUCUGUUAUGUCUGUCUCCUCUCUGCCGGAAUGGAAGCAACUCCUGUUGGAGAGGAAGAGGAGAGAGGAGGAGGAGCGAGAGCGGAGGGAGAAGCAGGAGGAGGAGAAGUUUGCCAGCAUGCCCGCCUGGAAGCGAGGGAUCAUCCAGCGGAGGAAGGCGAAGCAGGACAAUCUGGGCGACAGAGAGAAGGAGAAAGACGUCUGUCUGCUGCAGGUGGAUGUCAGAUCUUCUUCUGAUGGUCUGAGCGACACGGACAGCUUUAUGACGGUCAAUCUGGGAAGCGAACUGUCACUUAGUCCAGAUCCGGGGCUAUGGCUGGAUGCAGAACAAGUGAGUCAGGUGUCUGUGGAAACUAUAGUUCCAGUCCACGAAAACCCUUUCAUUCGCACGCAGAGUUCAUGGAAGAGAGGGAGGGAUGCGGAGGUAGCCAACGAGCCAGAAGUUAAAGAGAGGGAGAAAGAAAAAUCCAGUCCCCGGGGUCAAGAUGGAGAGGCAGGAAGGGGAAGAGAUAUAGAGCUGAAAAUAGAGAGAUUCAGAGAUUUAAGUGAGGGACGGGAAAAAGAGAAGAGCCGGGACAGAAGUCAAGGAAGAGAAAAAGAGACGAGCAGGGAGGGAUGGGAGAAAGACAAAAGCCAGUGGAAAGAGUCGGUUAAAGACGCGGGCAGGGAGCGGGAUUUCCUCAAAGUGAAAAAAGAUGAAGAGGAAAAUGAAGCAGAGCCGCCAUCUGGUACGUUCUCUCCUGGCGUCCCUUGUCUUCGGACAAUCAGAGCCGACAACAUCAUCAUCAUCGAGCAGGAGAGGAAGGGCAGCGACGAGAGAAGGGCUAGAUGGAGGGAGGCGGAGGGGGAGCGGCCCGAGGAGGACCUCCAGGGGAAAAGAGGGAUGAAGAUGAACCUGAGGGAGAUCCUGGCCGGAGGAGGGAGCGUCACUGAGAUCCGAGCCUCAGAGGUUCUGAUCAUAAAGCCCUCGGCAAGCCCUGAAGAGAGGCAGCCAACAGGAGGUGGGAAAGGUUCAGGUAGAGACGAUGCAGAGACAAAGGGCAGCAUGGAGGGAAGGUGGGACAGUAUGGCGAGAGAGCACAGAACGGACAUGUCCUGGCUGAGAGAAAAAGAGAAAGAGAGACCAUGGGGCCAGGCAACAGUUAUUAAAGAAGACAGGAAGGACAGCUUGGAUGAUAAUGUGUUCGUUGACAGAGGAGGGAGGGUCAGCCAGCUGCUGAGUAAAUUCGGAGAGCACCCCAAGCCUCCAUCUCGAUCCAAAAGCUCUGAUAAUUUCCUCCGGCCUGUGAUGAGAAAAUUUUCAGGGGAUGAAGAUGACCAAAAAUGUGAGGCAGACGGGAGGAAUAUGCUGUUUAAAGGCGCGCCGAAACGCUCGUCCAGCUUCUCUGACCGGGUCUUCUGUGCCAAGGAGAACGGUUUAGACAACGAGGGGUUUCAUGAGAGGAAGAUGCGCGACAGGAUACAUUCAGAGAAGAGCGUAGCGCCGUGGGUCGACAUAGCAUGCUUUGGGAAGGAAACCACGGCGAAGAUCAAACAGGGCUAUGCACGACUUUUGGAUAAAGACAGGUUUGGAAAGGUGAGAGAGAGACUUUUUAAAAACGAGGAUGAACACAAGAGCGCAGUCAAGAAAGUUGAGCCUAUUGAUGUAAGAGCUGCGGAGAAGGCAGAUGAUGCGGAUGGAGAUGAGGGGUUCACAGUGGCAUCGGUUAAAAACACAGAGGGAAUCUCGUUUGCUAGAAGAGUACCCAUCAGGCAGGAUGGGAGAGCAAGAGCUGAAAGAGAGGUGAGACGACUGUCAAGUGAGAAAAGUUUAGAGAGCGUAGAGCUGAGUGUAGGAAAAGACCCACAGGCGGGUGGACAGACUGAGGCGCAAGUUUGCGACAAAAAGGUGUCUGAUUUUCGUAAAGAGGAGGGAUUCGAAAGCACAAUCCCACCUGUUGCCGCAUCAUCGGAGCUCACAAGUCCGAGUUAUCCUGCUUCGAGACAUGAAUCAGCUUUCACUGAGUGCUCCAGUCUAGUCUGUCCUGUCACAGAUCGACCUCGAGACCCCCUCAGAGGGCCGGAGUGGAGUGGUACUGGGCCGCAAGGACCUUACCUAACACACUCUGUCUUGUCCCAACAGACAGAGGAUCUUAUAAGUAAAAUAGAAAAAAUAGGAGACACGACUGUUUAUAGCAAAGAGAAAGGAGAGAGGGCUGCUUAUGAAGUGACCAAACCGGAGGCGCAAACAUACAGCGACACUGGACCAGAGAACCUCGUCCACGAUGUAACCCCGAGAUCUCCAAAAAGGACUGCACCCGUGGGGAACUCUCCGCUCAAGAUUCAGAUCCCCAGAUCUGUGUUUUAUGUUGCCGAAGAAAUGGUUGAGAAAAAAGGUCAAAGCGAUGAGGGACAAGACUGGGAAGAAGGUAAUAAGGUUGAGAGGAGGGACAGCUGGAGGAUCGGUAAACCUCUGAGCCGCAUCGAGUCCCUGCGAGAGAAAAUCAGGCAGAGAGAGCUGGAGAGGCUGAAGCAAAGAGAGGCGCAAGAUGGAGGUGGGAGUGAAGGUGCAGAGGUUAAUGUCACAGCUGAGGACGGGCAUGAUGAGGGGGGAACUGAAAUAGAGAAAGAGUGGGAAGCUGCAGCUCAUAUGCGGAAGAGGCUGGUCGAAGCAGAGAGGGGACAGGAAGACACAGCAGCGCAGACAUCCAUGACUGCUUUUGACGUCACACAGGAAGUCGCCGUGUUGAAAACCUGCCCUCAACUUCCCGUUUCUGUCCCACACUCACAAGCUGUCAGAGAGGAAGUAACAAGCGGGUACGCCACCACUGCCUCAGAAGUUAACUCUGAUAGCUCCCUGGUAUCUGACGAUGAAGACGACACCGUGAAACAUGUUGAAGAGCAGCUGAGGCGGCACCGGGACCAGCACGAGUACAGAGAAGAACAGGAGGAGGCGGACAAGGAGUUCUCAGAGGAGGAGUUAGAGGAAUACACAUCGCCUCCAGAUCCUGUUCAAUCUACCUCCCCUUUGCAAUCUCAUCCUAACUCCCUCGCAGCCAUGAGUCGGAUCUACAACUUGGAAACUGUCGGCUCGAGAUCGGGCUUGUGUGUGAGGGACAGGACUGUAGACAUCCCAUCAGUGCACCUUGUUAAAGUGAAGCCCCUGAAGUCAAACGCCCAGCAGGGCGACAGCAAAGCACUCUCAGGUGAGGACAUUAGUGGGGUUCAGACGAUACAGCGACAGAUAGAGCAGUUUCAGCUGAAAGAGCAGGAAGCGCUGAAGUCUUCUACAUCACCAAACACUCCUCUUAACGAUAGAGAAACGAAGGGGCAGCAAAGUCCCAGAGGAUUUUCAAAGCAUCAGAAAAAGGACGAUGUUAAUACCGAGGAGAAGGAGCAAGAAAACCCUAAAAUGUCUCCACAGCGCGUUUGUUCUCCGACAUCUCGGCUCAAACAAACCAACCAAACGAUCACCAUCACCCCUUCACAUCUCAGGAGCCAAUCCCCGGACAAUACCCUGAAACCCGCAGAGAGCGCCCCCACCCCGGCCUGCUCUCCAUGCUCCCCAUCUCCUUCCCAGUCUCCUAGUGUCUCUCCAUCUCCCACGCCGUCGCCCGUCCUCUUUUCCAUCAGGAGUGCCUCCGGAGGGAAAGGGAAGAGGGGUGCCACCAUUACAAUCACUCCGAGAAAGACUGCCAUAGGAGGAGCAGGAGCGACAGGGUCCCCAACGGGGUCAGCAGUGUCGACACCUGCCAAGAACUCACCGCAGCAGGCCCAGACGACCUCCACUGAGUCCGAGCCAGCAAAGAAGAAGUUCCCUACAGCGGAGGAGAUUGAGGUGAUCGGCGGAUAUCAGAACCUGGAGAAGUCGUGUCUGAUCAAGAACAGAGGGACCCGAAAAAGGGGAAAGGUGUGUUUCGACGAGGACCAGCUGGAGCAGGUGUGCGAGUACCCAUCAGAGACCUCCAUGUUGGCCUACACCCCGUACCCUCACGAGCCGUGGAGGCAGCAGGGAGAGGAGGUGCAGGAGGAGGAGGUUAAAGUGGACGGAGGAACGAUCGUGUCCAAAAGGAACGUUGGGAAUGCUAUGGGACGGGGUCUAAGAGUGGGUCAGUGUCACCCCCUCCUCAAAAAACAUAACGUGUAGUAAGAGAGAUUAUGGAUUCAGAUUGUUUUGUCGUUUGUGAUGACUUACAGACUCUCCAUUGGACUAUAGUGAGUCAAAGAGGUUUAUUUUCAGUUUUGCCACCACAGAAGAGGGCUGGAGUGCCUGAACUUUCCUUAAUAUAUAUAUAUAUAUAUAUAUAUAUAUAUAUAUAUAUAUAUUUGGCAAUAAUUUGUCUUAUUGUCAACAAAUACAAAGAAAAGACCCAAAUCAAAAAUGUGUACUUUAACAACUAUUUCUUGUGAAGCCAAUUGUAGCCUGAGCUCCGCUGUUAUAAAGAUAGAAAUAAGUCACUCGUGCACUCUUGUGAGUUGUUUAUUGUCAAGUCAUUUCAACGCACACCACCAAAACUAAUGUGUAUUACUGUGGCUAAAAGUAGUCCACAGAAAACUUCCUUUUAAAAAGCAUGUAAAAGAAUAACUUAGCCUGUCAGUCACAACAGCACCACUUCUUUUCUCUUCGCUGUGUUGUUUAUUUCCCCAGACAUUUUCUUCCAAGCAAUGUAUACUAUUCCUCUUCUGUGGAGCAGUUUAUCCCAGAGAAUUUUAAAUAAGGUUUAUAGUGCCACACAGCUGAUACGCAACAAUAGACCAUACUCAUAUGGCAGCCAUUUUCUUCUGGGGUGCUCAAAUGUUGUACUGCAGCAUUCCAUGUUGUGAGUCUUAUGAACAUCGGGAAUAUGACAAAUUGUUAUCAUCGCACCACCUAAUUGAUCAACAGCUGAAAAGACAAUGUAUAGGGGAAAUCCCAAGGGACACUAGGCCACAUUUUAAGCAAAAAAACAUGUUUAAUGACCCAUUAGCUAACAUUAGCACUGAACCACUUCCUAGUUAGCUUAACCAUUGGGUUACAUCUAGUGUGUUUCACUCCCAGGCUUGAAUAAAUGUGUCCAAGAUGUGUGCCGAUAGUUAAAAAGUUAAUCGAAUAUUGUGGAGUGUAAAACUGUCGAACAGUAAUGUUAGCUAGGAAGAGGUUGACUGCUUACGUUACAAGUUUAUGGUGCAGCACCAAGAUAGUAUUCACAUUGCAGCCACUUUCCUCCGGGCAGCUCAAAUGAUAUAUUAAGUUGUGUAAAAUGACAAGUUAUUAUCAUUUCCCUGCCUAAUGAUCAACAACAACAACAAAAAGUGGUUGAUGUAUAGUCUAAAUCAAGACAAAUAUCAGGCCAUAUUUAAAGCGAAAACAACAUAUUUGAUAUCCAGUUAGCUAACGUUAGCAUUUGACAGUGGCGGUUCUAGCUUGCAUGACACCCUGAGCGAGCCUCACCUUCAGCGUGUUGUUCAUCUGUGAAGAUAAUCUUGCUGAACAAAACAUGAAAGUAUCAUAAAUCUGUGUUUACCACAGAGAUUAUUUUCAGCAAUACUCCAAAAUGUGACACUGUCAAACAGUAACUUUAGCUAUGAAGUAGUUGACUGCUAACAUUAGCUAUUAGCUAACAGAAGCUAAUGGGCUACCAAUAUGUUGUUUAACCUUGAUAUAUGACCGGAUGUCCCUCCAGAUUUCAUUAUCCAUUGUCUCUUUAGUUGUAGUGGAAUGAUAAUGAACACGUGAGGGUGGAGGAAAAUGGCCACCAUAUGAAAGUGGUCUAAAGCUUACUUUCAGUUUUACUUCACCCCCUGAAGAAAAUACACUGAUUAUGGCUGUUCCAUUUCAGGAAGUAGAUUUUGUGGUAUGAGCGGGCUUUAGCUUUUGUCUUUUUCUUAGGAUUUGUUGACAAAAAGAAAAAAACUGGAUUAACUGUCUUUAUUCUUUCAGUAAACAAACUGACAUUUUCAGAUGGUAUCAGGUUAGCAGUGUUGGCAAAGACUAAAUGAUUCAUGUAACGUCGUUUUUCAAAAUGCAGCAAUGGAAAAGGUAAAUUUGAUGAACUGAUGUUAUUAGAGAGCGAAUGGAAUGGUAUGGUUGCAUUUAUGGACCUCACAAAGCCAUAAAUGUCACUGUUGGUGAAUGGGAAGAAGUUAAAAAAAAUUAGACGUAGAAUCCUAGAUUCACCUAUUUACCUUCCAUUGCCGUCUCUCUGUCUUCCAGAUGAGUCUUGCCCUCGGUAGAAGCCAGUCACCUCGCCAAAAUUGCCCAUGUGAUGAGAUCACCAACACUUUGGUUGAAUGAAAUUAACGUGAUUGUUAUCAUGUUUCAUUUAAUUUGACGUGUUGAAGUGAGUGUUUGUAACCCUUGUGGUAUGUAACAUCAGAAUGAAUGAGUGUCAUGGAAGAAAUGUCCAGUACAAUUUGGUUUAUGCAGUUGAAAGAGGAGGAACGUUGUGUUUAUUGUGGAGAGGAUAGUUUUAUUUUCAGGGGAAUGGAGGGAAAAAAAUAUGAAUGUAUAAGUUAAAGGUACAUAUUAUAAAAGACCCUCAGGUCUGCACUGAAAGAUCACUUGUCUAUGCAAUAUGAUGAUACUGAUAAGAUUUAAUCUUUUAGUUAAUAUAAUUGAGUUUCUUUUCUGUACUUUCUAAAGUGAAGUCAGCACUGCCUCAGCACAGAAGACUGAUGUUUAUAUCAUCUGGUCUCAUGUGCCUGCUGGAUUUGCCCAUACAGAUGAUAUGAAGAUCAGUUAUAUAUAGAUAUUUGUAUAUCUAUAUACAAUAUAUAUUUUUUUUCUUGUCUGAAGCCUUUUGGGAAAACCUCGUCUCUCAGUGGGUGUUGUGUUGAACGUUACCAACACGGGCGGCGUGAUGUGUACAGGACGAUUUUGAGUGGUCUAAUUGAGCCUUACUGUUCACAACGACAACUCCGGUAACAGUUGAGUUAAUAUGUAUGGAUAUGAAUAAAGGUAUACUUGUAUUCUUGUCAUGUGGAAGUGGAGAGAGAAGAAACAUGUAAAAUUCAAUUAACAUAUAAACUUCAGCCGAUAUCUGACUCUUUGGAUUUAUCACAUUCAUAAUACAGUAAAUGAAAUAAAUACAGAGUUUUUCCAUGUUUUUAAAUUAAUAUUUUAAUUGGUGAAGGAAGAAAAAGUCUGUGCAUAUUAAUUUUUUUUCUAUGAUGGUUGAAGAAGCUGGCUUCAAGAGAAAAAAAUUAUAAUAAAUAUCUCUGAAAACAGUGUUGUCUCUUCCUGUAUUUGUUAUUGGCAGUAUGUGCAGAUCAAUUUGAUGCUUCUCAUCUAAUCACUGGACUAACACACUUGUUACAUAUAGAUUAAUACUGUAACUAUGGUAAAAUGUAU